CAUACCAUGCUGACAGAGAAUCACAUCAUAAAGAAAAGAUCAGAUCUAUUUAUUAUUUUGACAACAGUGAGGGGGGAUCUUAAGUUAUCUUUUAUCAAAACCCAUCCAGGGAUCAGCGCUUUGACUGAGGAGAGGCGGCUCAGUCAUCACUUCAAACUGCGUCACCUGCAGCUCCUCCUAAUCGUUGGCAAUAAAUCGCCUUCACACUUGCCCAAAAAUGGCGUAGCAGUGGUAAACGCUACUUUAUAGCAGACUUUAGGCUCAGGUUGUCUCUGGUAAAUCGGAUUACUGGGAAGGUAAACUGGAUUCUGACGUAAGGGCACGAAGGCGUAAGGGUUUAAACCCCGGCAAAGGAGCGUUGCAUGUGCUGAUCGUGCCAGCAGCAGCCGCCCGCCCAUCCAACCUCCGGUCAACGCUCAGGACCCGAGCAUGACUCCUCAGAUGUUUCACUGCGACUGAACCGAACACACGGCCGCGGAUAACAUGGCCUCCUAUCUGCAGAUCGCCGAUGACGAGAAAGGCCAUGAGCUGGACCUUUUCUGUGUCCCCAGACAUUAUGAAAACGAUUUGGAGAAGGUGAUCAUCCCGCAUGGACUCAUCAUGGACAGAACAGAGCGUCUGGCCCGCGACAUAAUCCAAGACAUGGGGGGACACCACAUUGUGGCUCUGUGCGUGCUAAAAGGGGGCUACAAGUUCUUCGCAGACCUUCUGGACUACAUAAAAGCACUGAACCAGAACAGUGAUAAAUCAGUCCCACUGACAGUGGAUUUCAUUAGGGUGAAGAGCUACUGUAAUGACAAGUCAACAAGCAGUGUCCAAGUCAUGGGGGAGGAUGAGCUGUCCAGUCUUGCAGGCAAGAAUGUUUUGAUUGUUGAGGAUAUUGUGGAGACUGGAAGGACGAUGCAGACGCUACUUUCCCUGCUGAGUGAAUGUAAACCAAAGAUGGUUAAAGUUGUAAGCCUUCUGGUGAAAAGGACCCCAAAGAGUUCAGGGUACAGACCAGACUACAUUGGCUUUGAGGUACCAGAUGCCUUUCUGGUGGGCUAUGCUUUGGACUACAAUGAGUACUUCAGAGAUCUCAGUCACAUCUGCAUACUGAACGAACAGGCCAAGGAGAAGUACAAAGUGUGAGCAGGUGAAAUGUUGCCGAGGCCAUGACUGUGAUGACCCCCCUUAGUUUUGCUGUGUUUUGAGUCUUAUUUAUUUUUCUACAUAAGAAUCCACAAAAUGUGACUUGUGGAUUUGUAAAUAACAAAGAAAUAUUUCUUUUCCUCUUUGAAAAAGUGGGAUCAGCUUUGUAUAUUAUGAAUAUUUUGGUUGUAAAAUUUAAAUUUAUUCACUUAUGUGUAUAGAAUUUACCUGUAAAUUGUUUUAUUUUGGAGAUGUAGUUAAUUUGCUGUGGCUCAUUAAAUCCGAGGUCCCAGGCUACAGCUUUAUGUUGAGUGAACUGUCAGUGACAUGUUAUAGAUUUAAUUAUGUACGUUUUUUUUAUUUCUGAUAUUCGCACAUGCCAUAAAGUGGUUAACUUGAAAUGUGCUGUAUAUUUUAUUUCAUAUCGAAGGCUUUCAUCACUGACCUGUUUACAGCAAUAAAAAUCUCGGUGAAAAAC